AUGCAGAGAGGAUGGGCUCGGGUAAAGGUGUGGCUUCAGACAAAAGCAUCAGAUGACAUCCAGACACAGCUCACCUGCAAACAGGAAGUUCACCUGUUCAGCUUCAGGAAAAACGAUAUUUCUGCUCUUCUGACAACAACAGACCUGUUUCUAAAAUGGAUCGACACCAUCACGGAGGACAUGGUCAUGGACAUGGACAUGGACAUGGACAUGGUCAUGGACAUGGACAUGGUCAUGGACAUGGACAUGGACAUGGACACGGUCAUGGUCAUGAACAUGAACAUGGACACGGACACGGUCAUGGUCAUGGUCAUGGACAUGGUCAUGGACAUGGUCAUGGACAUGGACAUGGACAUGGACACGGUCAUGGUCAUGAACAUGAACAUGGACACGGACACGGUCAUGGUCAUGGUCAUGGACAUGGUCAUGAACAUGAACAUGAACAUGGACAUGGACAUGGAUAUGGACACGGUCAUGGUCAUGACUCGUGUGGUGGGAAAGACCAUGAACAGAAGCGGAGGCACAGGCACUUGUUUGGUCACGAGCAUAAGAAAUGCCACAAGAAGGGGCGAGACAGCCGUGGGGAUGUCAGCAGCUCCUGCAGCAGCGACUCUGAAUAGGUCAUUACUGUAAACACGACAAUCAGUUUUAUCACUAAUUUACUGCAACUUCAUUUACUUUUACUUUAAAUUUAAUCUGUAACCUUUCCCUCAAGUGCAUUUUUGUGCAUGUAACUGAAUGUUCACCUGACGUUUAAUACUGAUUUUGUGGCUGUAAAGGAUGGCCUUUUAUUUGAAUGAGUCAUAAUAAAUU